AUGCCAUGCAAACAAGGUAGCUUGCUGACUCUCCUAGUAACGUGCAUUGGCAGCAAGGAAGGAGUACGGAAAGACUAG